AUGAUCAGCAUUCAGCCAAUCAUCGCCCGGCACUGGGUGGGCUCAUACCAACCCACGGGGUGGAGGGCGGGAAGAAAGGUUGUAGACGGGAAGGGCUAUCAACCAAUUAGAGCAGAACCUGCAGUCGAACGGCGGCUCGAAGCUUCUCUGAGCAGGCGCAAAAUCCAAUACCAGGCCACACAGGAGGAGCUCAUCUGCAUAUGGAGGCGGGGUUUUAAGGAAAAGAGGUGGAGCAUGGAUACUAGUUCAAAAGGCAAGGAACUUCUUGAUACCAAUGACAAGGAGUCUGCUAAUAGCAAUGCUGGUAAUACUACUUACAUUUUGGGAAAUGAGAAGCUUGUCACGCCUCAAAAACCUGAAGCUAUAGUGACUCCUAAUGUUUGCAGACCAGAAGUUUUGAAAUCACCUUUGAACUUCUCUACUGUAACUGUAGAGCAAUUGGGAAUUACACCUGAAAGCUUUGUUAAAACCACUCCAGCAAAGCCAUCAUCCUAUCUUAAAAAAUCUAGAAGACGUUCUACAAUUGGUGUUCGGGGCUCUCCUGAAACAAACCAUUUGAUUUGUUUCAUUGCUCAGCAGCGGAAUUUAAAGAAUACGGAGAAAUCUCCUUUGGCACAGAAUUCCCCUUUCCAGGGUAGCCCUGUACUAUAUCGAAAUGUGAAUUCACUAAGAGAUCGAAUAUCGGCCUUCCAGUCAGCUUUUCACCCCAUAAAGGAAAAUGAGAAAAUUCCUGACUGCCCUGAAUUCUCAGCGGCAGAGAAAGAGUUUGAGACUACAGACGUCAUUAAAAAAGAAGGGCUUAGUGAACGACAGCAGUCUGGAUUCUCUUCAAAGUUAUCAUCUAAACGUCGGAGAAUAUCCUAUCAGAGCAACUCUAAUGAAAAUCUGAUUGAUGCUGAAAAAAAAGGAAUUGAUCUCCCGUUAUUCAAAGCUGAUACUCAUCCCAGUGCAGACAGUACAUGCACUGUUGAAGCUUCACCUGCCAAUCUUUCUGAGAAAUCUUCUGGACCUGGUUUAACACGGUCUAGGUGUUUAGUUGAAGAGUCUGUUCAACUUUCAGAUCUCACAGAGGCUUCAAGUGGAAUCAAGGUCGCUGACUGCAUAAAGGACAAGGGAGCAAGUGCUGCUGUUUCACAGAAAACUUGGUUGGAGAACAACUUGACAGAAUCAGCGAGCUUAGCCAUAGUUCCUGACUUCAAGUCACCAGUAACUUCAGUGUGCAAGAAAGAUAUUCCAUCCUCUGAGACCUUUGUUCUUCGUUCUGUCCUGAAGAAACCCUCUGUUAAGCUGUUUCCAGAAAGCUUGCAGAAACGUUGUGGCAACCUCUGUGAUGAUGGGACUCAUCCAAGUGUAAUCUCAAAUCUUGGAAACUCUUGCAAAGAACAAAAAGCAGAAAAUCAAGAAAGUUAUCAAGUACCAGCCUUUGUCAAUGUGAAGACGAGAAAGAGAGUUACUUUUGGAGAGGACCUAAGCCCUGAAGUAUUUGAUGAAUCCUUGCCAGCAAAUACUCCACUGAGAAAAGGAGAGACACCUGCCCGUAAACAGGAUGUAAACAGUACCAGUCCUCUGCGACUUGAGCACUCACCUGAAUUACUACAACCAAAUUUUGAUGACAAAGGGGAGAAUCUUGAAAACAUAGCACCACUUCAGGGACCAUUUCCAGUUCUGAGUCCUAAUAAAUCUUCAGUGUCUGAGACUCUUUCAGGCACUGAUACCUUUAGUUCUGCAAAUAACCAGGAGAAUAUGUCUUCCUGCAACAUUGGCAGAAUAACACGUACCUCUAACAGAAAAAAUCAAUUGACUAGUUUUGCAGAAGAGACUGUUUGCAACUUAUUUAAUGCAGAAGGCCAGCAUUGUAAAGAAAAGAAAACUCAUAGGAGAAAGUCUCAAGAAACCAAGCAAACCAACAGGGCACUUCCUAAAAAGAAACAACUACUCAAAUUCCCCAGAGUCGCAAAGUUUCUCACGUCAAUUCAGUGGGGUACAGUCAUAGAAAAGUUUCAGAAUCGCGAUGUUUUCGAUAAUGUCUACUCAAAAGGAAAGCUUGACGAAGUACUAAAGCCUCCUAAAAAUCUCACUAAAAGAAAGACUCUAUUGCCUCAGAUCCCAGGAGACUUGGGUAUGAACCCAAAUUUUGAUGUGUGUGAUGUGUCUGAAUUCUGCAGCUCUUACAUGAAAACUUCCUCAUUGCUUGAUAAUGCUACUUUUGAUCAGGAUUCAAAUACAAAUAUUAUAGACAUUAAUGAAAGUGAAAAUAUUCCAAAAGCAGAAUAUAAAUCGGGAAGUAAAAAAGAACAAAAAACUGUGGCUGGGAAUGAAAACAGGCAUAUUUCUUGUGCUCCUGUGACUAAAGAAUCUAUUUUAUCAGAUCAUCCCAAACCGGAUUUUAUCUUGCAAUCCCAAGAGUUUUCUGCUGGUGCUCAGAAUGUGGGAAACCUUGAUCACGUCUUUAAAGUUUCCGAAGAUAGAAGCAUAAAGUGUGAGAAACAGACCGACUUCCUGGAAGCGAUAGAGGGAAAACCUAAAUGCAGUCAUUUAAUGUGUGACUCACAAAAAGAUUAUGUCUCCAUUGAAAAUAUAAAAGAAACUGAAGGUCAGCAUGAGGAUUUGGGAAGAAGAACUACAGAAAUCAGUAGUGAGAUGACUUGUCAAGAAAGGAAACAUAGAAGGCGUUCUAUGUGUCAUCCAACUGGUCCAAGUUUACAUUUGGAACAAAAGGGAAAUCCCCAAAAUGCCAACAUCGUAAGCCGUUCUGUGGAAAUGAGUUUAGAAAAUUCCGAACUGUGUAAAGAUUUAUCUGAUGCCAUAGAGCAAAGCUUUCAGAGAACAAGUAAUGGGACAAGAGUGAGACGUAGCACAAGGCUUCAAAAAGAUUUGAAAAAUUCAGGACUUGUGUGGAUCUCACUUCCAUUUCCUUCCGUGUCAUGCACAUCUCAAAAAACUAAAAGGAGAACAGUAUGCGCAUUUGAAAACAGAGGAUUGCAAAGUUUGUCCCCCAGAAAAGAAACUGUGUCCAGUCCAAACCUGAGUCUGCUGUCCUCCACAUCAGGUAAAGAAAACAUUGAAGACCCUACUGCUCCUUCUCAUUUACCUGGGAAGAGGAGGAUGAGCUUUUGUACAUCGACACUUGCAAAUCCUAAAAACACUACUCAACCAGAAUACAACAGAAGACGAUCCUUCCUCUACCAGAAAGAAAAAACAGCCCUCUAA